CGAAAUCGGAGGAUGACAUGACACCCAUUGCGCUUAGAUGCGCGCAUGGAGGAACUCAUAAGGCGGAUACAACCACUGCGGCACGUACGAUUGGUAUCUGGUCUGCGGUCACGGCACGAUGUGGUCAAGAAAGAGCACGAGGGUUUUCGAAGGCCUUCCUCCGAUGACUCUAUGUCGGCUAAACCGAGUUCCUCACGCGCCAUUGUCCGGCUUGUUUAUAUGUUCUCGCCCUACCACAUAUCUGGAGGGUCUGGGUCUUAUCCAGUGUGUGUAUCCGUCUCUGAGCCCUCAGCUUGCAGAUUGAGAAACCCUCACUGCUGGUGUGUUACUGGAUCUCCCCUAGGACACCCUCUUUGCUUUGACAUCUGUCGUCCCCUUCACGACCACAUCGCUUGCACCACUGCAGCUUCCAGUAUGUUGGUCUCACGGACAGAUAUACAGCUUGCACGAUACCCCACUCUGCACACAGUACAGUUUCGAACCGAAUCUGAAGCCACGGCCCGACUAAAUCCCCUUGGCAAGUCACAUAUGACUGUUCUCCCUUAUCUCGCAAGCAUCUUUCUACCAGAUGAACCUCCUCACAUGCAUGAGUCUGGUGGGAUGUCGAAAUCAAUGUACUCGGUUUGUUACAAAGAAGCCGUUUGGGAAAGGAGCAGCAUCAAGUGCAAUGAAAGAGAUCGCGAUGAAUGAUUGUCCGGGGUGACGGCUACUGAGGAUAUGCGAAAUGCCUGGGGCGUAUCAACGUGCCAGGUUGACCAGUUCGCCUACUCAUACAAGAGACACUACAAAGUCCUGCGGGUGUGUACCGUCUAGUGAUAUUAGCUAGCAUCACAUGGGAUGACUUCUACUGGAUCUCUCUGGCACCGUCUGUGGUUGGGGCUGAUUGGAAUGGUGCAGAGAUGAACGAAGUGCUGU